AUGUUUUAUCCAUAUGGCAAUCCAUUUCAUGAUCAUCUGUUACCUCCGAACGACGACGACAGUUCAAGUGAAAUUCACAUCAGUUCAUCGUUUCCAUUUUUCAACACUAGUCAUAGGUCACUAUUUGUAAAUACCAACGGAGAUUUGACAUUUCUGUCUGCUUUAAGAACCUUUACGCCUUCUCCAUUUCCAUACCUUCAAAAUACUAGUACUCAGAUAGUUGCUGUAUACUGGGGUGAUAUUGAUACCAGAAAAGGAGGAGAUAUCUGGUAUAGGGAAACGACUGACUCUGUAUUACUUCAGAAAGCCUCCACAGAAAUUCACACAGUUUUCCCUCAGCAAUCAGGUUUCAAUGCAAGUUGGAUAUUUGUAACAACUUGGAGUAAAGUUGCAUUUUACGGAUCUAAUUCCAUUGGACAGAGAAUGCGGAACACAUUCCAAUGUGUUCUUGUAACUGAUGGAAUGCAUUCUUUUGUAAUAUACAAUUAUUAUAAAAUACAGUGGACAUCUGGAACUUCAAAUAAUGGUACCAAUCCAACUGGUUUUGGGUCUCAGGUCGGAUUCGAUGCUGGAGAUGGAGUGAAUUACUAUGUUGUAAAUGGCUCUCGAACACCAGGUAUCAUAAAUAUUCCACAGAUGUCUAAUAUUGGAAUUCCAGGAAAAUAUAUAUUCCGCGUUGAUCUUGCUUCCAUAGAACAGGCUACUUUGGUGAACGAGUGUGAUGGACAGGUUUGUUUGCACAACGGUACAUGCCAAGAUUUAGAUGGAUUGUCAACAUGGCGUUGUAAUUGUGUUUCUGGAUUUACUGGUAUACACUGUGAAACAGAUAUUGAUGAAUGUCAAAGUAGCCCAUGCAUGAAUGGUGCAACGUGUAGAGACAAACAUAAUUCGUAUACCUGUGACUGUCAACAAGGAUAUGUUGGGAAUAAUUGUCAGAUAGAUAUCGAUGAAUGUCAGAGUAGUCCAUGCAUGAAUGGAGCAACGUGUAGAGACAAGAAUAAUUCGUAUACAUGUGAUUGUCAACAAGGAUAUGUUGGGAAUAAUUGUCAGAUAGGUGAGUAA